CACCAGAGAAGGACAAGAAUGGCCCCAAGGCCCAUUGCCUCCCGCGCCCCACGCAAGGGUCCGUAGUGACCGAAGAUGGACCCACAUGUGGAGAUUCAGCCACCCUCUGACUUCCAGCCAUGACCAUCACUACCAACCACCAUUUCCAGAGUUCCUGCUCUGUGCUGGGCACUGUUCUUGACAUUGAGCGGGGAUUCAAAAGAGAUAAAGCACAGUUGUAUCCCUCAAGCAACUUGUAAUUUAAUUUGGGAGCGGAAACCCACUCAAAUGAUGCGGCGUAAGAAUGAUAACAAGCGUUAUUUCACUAGAAUGGGUACUAGGAAAAAAGUUCACGCAUUCGUCCGUGUCAAACCCACCGACGACUUUGCUCAUGAGAUGAUCAAAUACGGAGAUGACAACAAAAGCAUUGAUAUUCAUAUAAAAAAAGAUCUUCAGAAAGGAGUUGUCAAUAACAAGCAGACAGACUGGUCGUUCAAACUGGAUGGAGUUCUCCACAAUGCCUCCCAGGACUUGGUGUAUGAGACAGUGGCAAAGGACGUGGUUGCUCAGGCCCUCGAUGGAUACAAUGGUACCAUCAUGUGUUACGGGCAGACAGGAGCUGGCAAGACAUACACCAUGACAGGGACAACCGAGAAUUACAAGCACCGGGGGAUCCUUCCUCGUGCCCUACAGCAGGUUUUUAGGAUGAUCGAAGAACGCCCCACACAUGCCAUCACUGUGCGUGUUUCCUACCUGGAAAUCUACAAUGAAAGUCUAUUUGAUCUCCUGUCUACUCUGCCCUGUGUUGGACCAUCAGUCACACCAAUGACCAUUGUGGAAAACCCUCAAGGGGUCUUCAUUAAGGGCUUAUCAGUCCACCUUACAAGUCAGGAGGAAGAUGCCUUCAGCCUCCUUUUUGAGGGAGAGACCAAUAGGAUUAUAGCCUCCCACACGAUGAACAAAAACUCAUCCAGGUCACACUGCAUUUUUACCAUCUAUGUGGAGGCCCAUUCACGGACUUUAUCAGAUGAAAAGUAUAUCACUUCCAAAAUUAACCUGGUGGAUCUAGCAGGCUCGGAAAGGCUAAAGAAGUCCGGGUCUGAGGGCCGAGUCCUGAAGGAAGCCACCUACAUCAACAAGUCGCUGUCAUUCCUGGAGCAGGCCAUCAUUGCCCUCGGGGACCAGAAGCGGGACCACAUCCCCUUCCGGCAGUGCAAGCUCACCCACGCCCUAAAGGACUCGUUAGGGGGAAAUUGCAAUAUGGUCCUCUUGACGAACAUCUAUGGAGAAGCCUCCCAAUUAGAAGAGACGCUGUCUUCACUGCGGUUCGCCAGCAGGAUGAAGCUGGUCACCACUGAGCCUGCCAUCAAUGAGAAGUACGAUGCUGAGCGAAUGGUCAAGAACCUGGAGAAGGAGCUGGCAUUGCUCAAGCAGGAGCUGGCUAUCCAUGACAGCUUGGCCAACCGCACCCUUGUGAACUACGAUCCCAUGGAUGAAAUCCAGAUUGCUGAGAUCAACUCCCAGGUGCGGAGGUACCUGGAGGGGACACUGGACGAGAUUGACAUCAUCAACCUCAGACAGAUUCAGGAGGUGUUCAACCAGUUCCGGGUGGUUCUGAGCCAACAGGAACAGGAAGUGGAAUUGACUUUGCGCAGGAAGUACACCCUUAUAGACAAGAAUGACUUUGCAGCCAUUUCUGCAGUCCAGAAGGCAGGGCUUAUGGAUGUUGACGGCCACCUAGUGGGUGAGCCUGAUGGACAAGGCUUUGGACUUGGGGUCACCCCUUUCUCUGCCAAACCUGGGAAGAAAGCCAAGUCCAAGAAGAUGUUCAAAGAACAGCUAAGCACCUCAGCAAGAAAGGAAGGUGCCAGCAGCCCUGUGGGUGGCAAGGAUUUGGAUUUCUCCACCUCUAAGACCCAGCUGACCCCAUCCUCCAAGGAAGGGGAUGUCAAAGACAUGCUUAUGCGGGACCGGGAGACCUCCAGCAUUGAGCCGCUUCCCUUAGACUCCCCAAAGGAGGAACUACGCCCACCCAGGCCCAGUACCCCACCCCCCAAACCUGUGGCCUUCGAGGACUUUAAGAACGAGCGGGGCAGUGAGAUCAACCGCAUCUUCAAAGAGAACAAAUCCAUCUUGAAUGAGCGGAGGAAGAGGGCCAGCGAGACCACACAACGCAUCAAUGCCAUCAAGCGGGAGAUGGACAUGACCAAGGAGGCACUAAAUUUUCAGAAGUCACUCCGUGAGAAGCAAGGCAAGUACGAGAACAAGGGGCUGAUGAUCAUCGAUGAGGAGGAAUUCCUGCUGAUCCUGAAGCUCAAAGACCUCAAGAAGCAGUACCGUACUGAGUAUCAAGACCUGCGUGACCUCAAGGCUGAGAUCCAGUACUGCCAGCACCUGGUGGAUCAGUGUCGUCACCGUCUGCUCAUGGAAUUUGAUAUCUGGUACAAUGAGUCCUUCUUCAUCCCCGAGGAUAUACAAGUGUCACUGAAACCAGGUAGUAGCAUCCGACCGGGCAUGGUGCCUAUCAGCAGGAUCGUGUCUCUGGUGAGUGGCAUGAGGGCAGGAGUGGGGACAGCGGAUGAACACAAGGUGGUGGGCAGUACCUCUUGUUCUCUAUCUUCUCCACAAACAUGGCAGUGUAUAGGCUGCUCCCAGCCUCUCCCACGGUUGGCUGAGGCAAAUGGACAGGUACAGGUCUCUUCCCUGUUAUGGAGGAUGGGGACACAGAAAACAUCACUUGCUGCUGCCACCUUUUUGGGGUGGCUCAUCCUGCCCAGGUGGCAGCUACAGGGUGUCUGGCAAAUACAGGGCCGGGGGUUCUGAACUACCCUGCGUGGGGUUUGCAAACCCUGCGAGGGGCUGCCCUGAUGCCCCCCACAGGCCUUGUCAGGGUAGACCUAACAAUGCCAGACUGAAGGGACUGUGCUGAGUUGAACCUCCCCUAGGGAGAAGAUGACCAAGACAAGUUCAGCCAGCUGCAACAGACGGAGCUGCCUGAGGGCCCUGACUCUAUCUCCUUCUACAAUGCCAAAGUCAAGACA